GCAAAGGCUUCUCUGGAACCACAGCCGGCCACGCUGGAAAUAGACGCUCCAAUUGUAAUCUUUGGUGAUAUUCAUGGACAACUUCGUGAUUUACUUCGAUUCUUCACUAUAGUCGGACCACCUCCACAAAACAAAAUACUCUUCCUAGGAGAUUACGUUGACAGAUGCAAAAAAUCGUUUGAGGUACCUACAUUUAUCGAUAAGCUUGAGAUAGAAAAAGCACAUGUGCUCAGUUCACUUCGCUUCAGAACAGUGCAAAAAGGAAACGAACAGUGUUGUUCGGAACUAUCGCUGAACUACGGAGUUUUGUACGCAGAAUACUCGUGGGCGUUAGCCAUUGCGCCAAGUCUGCAGAGAUGGCGGCUAACCAAAUGA